AGGCACCCUUGGGCUGGAGUUGUUUCCAGGUGGCACAUCCUCCAUGCUGGUUAUCUUCUUGAUAGGAAACUGUGUGUUUGCUGCCUAUUGUUCAGGCUGCCUAUAAAAAAAGCUGUUCUGCCAUCUAACAGCGAGGAGCUGCCUUUGGAAGCCCGGGAUCCCCAGCAUGAAGCUCAUCCUCAUCUUCGCCUUCUUCGGAUGCCUCGCUUUGGCACAGGUUGCAUCUGCUCAAUGGUUCCCAGACCCAAAGAUCAGAUGGUGUUUAAAAUCAGACAAGGAGCUUAAAAAGUGCCAUGACCUCACAAGAAAGACACGAGAUCUUACAUGCGUGAAGCGUGAUGGAACUGAUGAAUGCAUCAAAGCUAUCAAGGAAGGUGCAGCAGAUGCCAUCACUCUGGAUGGAGGUGACAUCUACAAAGCUGGCCUCAGUAACUACGACCUUCAUCCCAUCAUCAAAGAAGACUACGGCAAAGAUUCUGAGUCCUGUUACUACGCCGUUGCCGUGGUGAAGAAAGGCUCAGGCUUUAAAUUCAGCGAGCUCCGUGGUAAGAAGUCAUGCCACACUGGGCUGGGGAAAUCCGCAGGCUGGGACAUUCCCAUCGGCACGCUUGUUCACACGAAACAGAUCGAAUGGACCGGUGCUGAGGACAGCCCUGUGGAGAGGGCGGUGACAAAGUUCUUCUCAGCCAGUUGUGUCCCUGGAGCUGAGAAAGGAUCUAAACUGUGUAAGCUGUGCAAAGGUGACUGCUCACGCUCACACAGCGAGCCGUACUAUGGUGACGAAGGAGCCUUCCAGUGCCUGAAGGACAGAGCUGGAGAAGUUGCGUUUGUGAGUCACCUGACUGUGCCGGAUGCUGAGAAGGGUCAGUACGAGCUGCUGUGUAAAGACGACACCAGGAAAAGCAUCGAUGAGUAUAAAACCUGCCACCUGGCCCGAGUCCCCGCCAACGCUGUGGUCAGCCAGAAGAAUGCUGAAUUGGCCGAUCGCAUCUUUACGCUUCUAGAGUCACUCAAGGACAAAGGCCUGUUCUUCUCUGGGGGUGGCUCUAAAAACCUGAUGUUCAAAGACUCCACUAAAAAGCUAGUGAAGCUGCCUGAGACCACUGACUCCUUCCUGUAUCUUGGAGCAGAAUAUGUGUCCAUUAUCCGCUCUCUGAAGAAAGAGAGGACCACAGAGGGCACUUCAGAGGUCAUAAGGUGGUGCGCUGUGGGCCGCGCUGAGAAUAUGAAGUGCGAUGAUUGGUCGCUCUACAGCGAGGACCAGAGGGGCAGAGCCAAGAUCGAGUGCCUCAUGGAACAGAGCGUGGAGGACUGCAUCAGAAAAAUCAUGCGUAAACAGGCUGAUGCCAUGGCCAUCGAUGGAGGACAGGUGUAUACUGCGGGGAAGUGUGGUCUGGUCCCAGCCAUGGUGGAGCAGUAUGAUGAAUCAAAGUGUUCUGGUGAAGGUGCUGCCUCCUCCUACUACGCGGUGGCUGUGGUGCGUAAAUACUCUGGAGUGACCUGGGAGACUCUGAGAGACAAAAAGUCCUGCCACACUGGCAUAGACCUCACCGCCGGCUGGAACAUCCCCAUGGGCCUCCUCCACCACGGCACCGGAGAGUGUGACUUCUCUAAGUACUUCAGUCAGAGUUGUGCUCCUGGUGCUGAUCCUAAGUCCACCCUGUGUGCUCUGUGCAAGGGCAGUAGUAAAAUUUUUGAGAGAGAUGAAACCAAAUGCAAGGCCACUGCAGAGGAGAUGUACUAUGGCUAUGCUGGAGCCUUUCGCUGUCUGGCUGACCAUGCUGGUGAUGUGGCCUUUGUUAAGCACACUACUGUAGGGGAAAAUACAGACGGCAAGGGUCCAGACUGGGCUUCUGAACUGAAAUCAUCAGACUUUAAGCUGAUCUGCCCUGGAGGUUCUGCUCCUGUCUCAGACUUCGUCAAGUGUCACCUUGCCAUGGUUCCAGCUGAUGCUGUUGUAACUCGCCCUGAGUCGCGUAGUGAUGUGGUGGCCAUCCUCAAGGAGCAGCAAUCUAGGUUUGGCAGUGGCAUCCCUGAUGCCCCGUUCAAGAUGUUCGAGUCAGAGAACGGCAAAAAAAACCUGCUCUUUCAAGACUCCACUAAAUGUCUCCAAGAGGUUCCAGCAACAAAGAGGUUUAAGGAAUUCCUGGGCGACGCCUACAUGGCCAGGAUGGAUUCUCUCCGCCAGUGUGCCAGCAGUGUGCCAGAGUUGGAGAAGUCCUGUUUCAUCUGCGAGUAGCAUGUAAUGUUUUCUGAUUGUUUGAGGAAAACCUGCGUACAAACACACCUGUCCGGAGCUGAUUUUAGGCCACUCUUCCACCUGUUACAGCUUUACCUGCCACUAUUUACUCCGACGUAACUGGAACAAUCUUGGUCUUACUGGUUUUCCACCCUUUUUCAGAAAGCUGGGGGUGUAUUGUCAAUUAUUCAAUGGAUCUCACCAUUUUGACGAAUUGUUGAACGGGAAAAUAAAAAUGAUUGAAAAUGA